GAGACGAUUCCCUCCUUUUCCUGGAUUUCUGGGAAGGAGAGAGGGGCAGAGAGGGAGAAAAUUCGUUUUCUCUCCUCUGCGUUGGGUAAAUCUUAAUUCCGAUGGGGACUCCGGAAUUUCCAAAUCUCGGCAAGCAUUGUUCUGUUUCCGAUUGCAGGCAACUUGAUUUCUUGCCCUUCACAUGCGAUCGCUGUAAUCAGAUAUUUUGUUUGGAGCACCGAGGUUAUAUUGAGCACAAGUGCACAAAGCCCAACAAAGACGAUGUCAAAGUUGUCAUAUGUCCCCUCUGCGCAAAAGGAGUUCGCCUCAUUCCAGAUCAAGAUCCCAACAUAGCUUGGGACCAUCAUGUUAACAUUGAUUGUGAUCCAUCAAAUUACCAGAAAGUGACAAAGAAGAGAAAAUGCCCUGCCCCUGGAUGCAGAGAGGUAUUGGUUUUCUCCAACACAAUCAAGUGCAGGGAUUGCUUGGAAGACCAUUGUUUGAAGCACCGCUUUGGCUCUGAUCACAAAUGUUCUGGUCCCAAAAAGUUAGAGACAAGUUAUUCAUUCAUGGGUUUAUUUACUACGACUAAAAGAGAGGAGCCAAAACCCAAUUUAACUUCCACAGCAUCAUCUAAAUGGACUUCAAGCUUUCUCAGUGUGGCUUCUAACAUUCGUGCCUCGGCUGAAGCGAGCAUGUCAAAAUUGAGCAAUGAAAUUAACCAAGUUUGGCUGGCAGCAAGGGAUGGUGCGGGACCGAACAGUGGCAGUGGAAAUAAAAAUGAUCUUCAAGAGGAAACUUGCCCUCAAUGUGGUGUAAAGUUUUCCUCUGCGAUUUCUUUGGUGGAUCAUGUGCAAAAAGUUCAUGAAAGCAAUGGGAAACCAUUAGGGGUUAAGAAGAUUGAUGCGUGCCCCAAGUGUAGUAGAGGGUUUGUUGACCCGGUAUCCCUAGUGGAACAUAUUGAGAAGGAUCAUGGUGGUUCUGCAGCAUAGAAAAUUCAAGUUUUUUAAUGAAUUUUCUUUUUAUACAUAUUAUUCGAUCAUCAUUUUGUUCUGUUUUAUAGCAGAAGAAUGUGAAGAUGAGGCUAGGUUUGUUCCCAAUGCUCUUGUAGUUAUGUCAUUAUUUAAUGGCUAGAUCACUGUGUCAUUUCUUCAAACAUUAUACUUUCAUGUUUAGAAUCAAUCCCAUGGCUUCACUUGGGCCUGUUUCCUGAUCACGUGUUCUGCUAGAAUCA